UGAUGAUGGAGCUUUCAAUUUCUGCAGCAUUUUUCUCUUAUAAUAUUUUUAUUUCCGUAUUUGUAUUUUAAAGGCAUAUAAAUAUUUGUGGACAAUAAACCUGCUAAUUCUUGGGAUUUACUCAGUUUAUGAUUUAGUUAGUUUUUUUUUUGUUGUUUUUUUUUAGAAUUACCUUUUAUCAGUGACCUUUUAGAUCCGAGUUCUGCUGUUUUGUUUUGGUUUGGUUUUUUGCCAUCUGUGCCUUAAGUUUACUUUUAUUUUUGCCAAGUGUUUCAUAUUUUUUAGAUAAGGGAAUUUUUGCUCUCCUCCUCUGUGGAUUCUUGCAUCUUCUGAUUUAAGAAAGAAUGGGUGAUUGAGGUUCAGCAAAGAAGUGACUCGUUUUUUUAUCAUUUCAGAAACAUGUUUUGAGCCUCAUCAUAUCUCACCCUUCGUCUCGUCACCUGUGAGGACGCACGGACGACUUUAUCACUUAAGACCAUUCAGGUGACUGUUCCAGCUAUUGCAUGACUGCACAGCCCUGACUCAUCUGCAGAGGACAAGCCUGCGACAAUGGAAAGUAUCUCAAACCAAAGUGACUUUUGGCAAUUCAACGAAUCCUGGCGGAACUCAAGUCUCGUUAACGGAACCGCUGGGUUCAAUCAGACGAACCCCCUGAAGCGGAAUGAAGAGGUGGCGAAGGUGGAGGUGACUGUGCUCGCUCUGGUGCUGUUUCUGGCGCUGGCGGGGAACCUGUGCGUCCUGCUGGCCAUCCACACCACCAAACACAGCCAGUCUCGUAUGUAUUACUUUAUGAAGCACCUGAGCAUCGCCGAUCUAGUUGUGGCGAUAUUUCAAGUUCUUCCCCAACUUAUCUGGGACAUAACAUUUCGAUUCUAUGGACCAGACAUUUUAUGCAGGUUGGUGAAAUACCUACAAGUCGUUGGGAUGUUCGCCUCCACUUACAUGUUAGUUUUGAUGUCCGUAGACAGGUGUUUGGCUAUUUGUCAGCCUCUUCGUUCUUUGCACAGGAGAAAAGACCGUUUCUAUGUCAUAUUUUCCUGGGUCCUGAGCCUGCUCUUCAGUAUCCCACAGAUGUUCAUCUUUUCCCUGAGAGAGGUUGGGUCGGCCGGAUCAGGAGUGUAUGACUGCUGGGGUGACUUCGUUAUGCCUUGGGGAGCCAAAGCUUACAUCACAUGGAUCAGUCUCACCAUAUACAUCAUUCCAGUGGCCAUACUGAGCAUUUGCUAUGGGUUGAUAAGCUUCAAAAUUUGGCAAAACUUUAAACUGAAAACCAGGCGGGAGCAGUGCAUAAGCCUGACGCCCAAAACCUCCAAAAGCAACACGCUGGCCCGUGUGAGCAGCGUAAAGCUCAUCUCCAAGGCGAAGAUAACCACAGUGAAAAUGACUUUCGUCAUAGUCGUGGCUUAUAUUGUCUGCUGGACCCCCUUUUUCUCUGUUCAGAUGUGGUCUGCGUGGGAUCCAGCAGCGCCCCGUGAGGAGCCAUCAGUGCAGGGAGGAGACUGAUGUCUGCUGGCUUUUCCUCCACGUGAACAGCACUCAGAAAGGCCAGAAUUGGCAGACACGUGCCAGUGUUUGUGUACAAAAGAUAGCUGGAGUGUCACCUGCAUGUGUGUGUGGAGACAAAGUGUCCAUUAGAGUCAUGCUCGGCCAGACAGCUUAGAACAGAGAGGGAGAACCUCUAAACAUCACAAAGAUGUGUUUCAAACAUUCAUGAUAUGAACAAACCACAACAAACAUUACUGUAGGUUCAUAAAUCAGAUUUAAUGAUUGUUUGAUGUAAGACCAGGUUUUAUUCAUGUAUGUUGAAUUUUGAUUGUCGGACGACUGGAAUCACAGACUGCACCUUUAAAACGUGUAUUGUCGGGAAAGAUUAGCAGUAACAAAUAGCAUAAUAAAACAGACUAUUAAUGUGUAAUUCCUGCUUAUGGCAGGUAACCUGCAGACCUUUGGCAAAUAUUUAGAUAACAGACCUCAAACAUUGAUUAUGACAUUAUAUGUUUCAUUCCAUAUAGUAAACUUUAUUAUGUUUACCACUGAAUAUAUCCAUAACAUUUUAUAUGAAACAUUACUGGAAGACAAGUCACUUCUUUAUUUCUUUAUUUAUUUCCAUUUUCAACAUCUGUCAAGCUGACACUUACUGUAAAUGGAGACUUACUAAGGUCACUGUCUGUCUUUAAAAGGCCACUCUUAGCAGACACAGGAAGUGCAAGCAGCGGUUUCUUUGCUUGAUACAAACUCCCAGAAAUUCCCCACCCUAAUCCAAGUUAAAGUAAGCCUGUCCUCUGCCACAAGUGAUGCAGAAAUCCCUUGAGCUGCAUGAUCUGUCCAGGUUAUAUCAAAGCUAGAUCAAUGCAGCAUGUUGGAUAUUUUUGAACCUUAGUUGCAAUGUCCUCAUCAUACCAAUCAGUCUAAUUUUUAAAUGCAUGAACAAAGAGCCAAAUUGCAUCAUCCCUCCCAGUUUCAUCAAAGCUGAGAUAUCCAAUUUAUCACACACUUUAAGUCAGAUUCACUGUGUAGACCCUGGAACCUUUCACAGUUAGGAAGUUUACCAUUUUUAGCACCUCAUUAGGCUUAUCGAUCCGAUUUUUGGAAAUGUCACAAGACAGUAAAAUGCUCCUCCAGGAUUUGUCAGAGCGACACCACCGGCAUCUGUGAUUUCACAUUCAACAGAUAGACAGAUUUCAUUAUGUAGAGGACAAAAACGCCUGAAGGUUAAACCCUGACGUUGACACUCACACAAGCUCUCAAAAAAAUCUGUGAACACAAACAUCUCCCUCUGCUGAGCCUUGUGCCCUCUGCUGCUGACUCACAUAUUGAUUUGCACUAAGUGCUUGAUGAACACAAAGCCCAGUCUUCAAUCUCCAAACGUGAUUUUUUUAAAAAAAGAUGUCAUAUAUAGAGCCCUGACAAGCAGUGAGAGACUCAGAACAUUGUCAUAUGUAUAGAGAGACCUCUUAAAGCAAUAUCGCUUCAUGUGAAAUCCAAUUCUUGUUUACUUUCAUGGAGAUAGAAUGAACAUUACAGGCUCAUGUUAAUGAAUUGCUGAUGAGUCCUUUGGGCCGGCCACUAUCAGCUCUGACAGUCAGACAGAUGUACCACCCAAGGGAUGAUUAUUCUGCCUUUUCAUUUACCGUGUGAUUUAUCACUCGCUUGUGAAAGACACUGUGAGCUGAUUCAGUAAAGACUUUUUUGUGAUGGUUCCCCCAAUUAUUUAAAUUACAUCCAGGCUCUGCACUCAUCCACCCUGAUAAGAAUGCUUGAUAACCACUAGUUGGUCUUUUGCACAGUCUUCAAUGAAGCGUAUUCCUCCGUCCAUGUUAGCAACAUAAUCCUGCAGAAAGUUAAUGCAUGGCUGAAUGUUUAUUUUAUCAUUGCUUUUACAUAUCAGCUCAUACACGUUUUUGCUUGCCUUUUUGCAGAACAUUUCAUAAAUUUGCCUUAGCAGAGUAGACUAAAGUAGAUUAUAAAACCUAUGACACCGUGGUAGAAGGGUAAUUGGAUGAUCUACACUCCGUUAAACUCAUGUUUUAGUCUCAUAAAUCAAACCCUUAAUGGCUGAUGAUCGAUUCCUAUUAAUCAUGUGUGACUUUUGUGCCCUUCCCGAGAUCGUUACUGAACAAUACUGAACAAUUUUUUCGUUAGCGCUCAGGAACCGUCAUUAGAGACGACAUGAGGGUAGCAGAAGUGCAGACAGGCUGAGAGAAAGAUUACCAAUCAGCAUGAAGAGGUUAAAUACGGGAUACAGGCCAAUUACAUGAAUCCAAAACUCAUUUGCCAAAUGUCAGUUGGGUGGUGGAGUUGACAUAGCGUAAAUGUCAUCCAGCAUGCCACUGCAUGUUGCUUGCUGUGAUGUAUCACCACAAUGAUGUGUGAGCAAUGUUUCCGCCUUGUUCUCUCCUGAACCUUGAAAGUGUGUUUGAAGGAAUUCUAUUUUGUUUUAGAGAAUGCUCUCUCCUUCUUUUUUUCAAACAGGUCGUCAUUACUGUCUCCUUCCUCAGAAAUGUAUGAAAUGCAUUGGCACAAUUCAUUUUCAUUAAAGGUGUAGGCUGCUGCCCUGAACUCUUUUACUUCUUUUAAAACUGAUAGCCUUUCAGCUAUAAUCAUACAGUUUACUGUGUGAUUGAAACUUGUAAUUGAAUUAUUUGUGCUUUGGCAGAAAAUGGCAAAUGGGUAUAAAGGAAAGAAGACAGUCUUCAGCUUUGCUAGCAGCUCUUUGAGGCUGCACUUGCUCUAAAAAGUAGUGCUUUGAGCUAAAUGCUUAAGUCAGCAUGUUAACAUGCUUGCAAUGACAGUGGUAACAUGCUUAUGUUUAGCAGAUAUAAUGUUUACGGUGUUCACCAUCCUAUUUUUGCACAUUAGCAUGCUAACAUUUGCUAAUUAGCUCUAAAAACAAAGUACAGCUGAUGUCGAUGCAGGUAUUUGGUUGUACACCAAUUAAACAAUUUAAAAUUUUGAUAAUUCUGCUAGAUGUAAAGUGGGGGAUCACCAAAGUUAUUAGAAGCCAUCCUCUGGGUACCAUGGAUAUCUGUACCAAAAUUCAUGAAAAUCCAUCCAAUCGUUUGAGAAAUUUCAGCUGACAUUGAAAUCCCUAGACCCACACUGCUAGCAUGGCCAAAACGCAUCAAUUGAGCUGAAGUUGUAAAUCAUCACAAGUAAAACGAAAUGUGUGUGCAAAAACUCAUAUAUGUUUUGUCACUGAAGGGAUGGCUGUAGAUAAACAAUCAACCAGCCACCGACACACAGAAAACAAGCUCCUGGUUCUAUUCAGACAUGGUGUAUCUCCUUCAUUUUCCGUUGUCACAACUCAGUAAACAUCCUGUCUCUCUCAUCACCUGCAGCUAUGCCCUUCAUCAUUUCCAUGCUGCUGGCCAGCCUCAACAGCUGCUGCAACCCCUGGAUCUACAUGUGCUUUGCCGGGCAUCUGUUUCA